AUGCCAUCCUUCAAGAGCCUUCUGCUCAUCGCCCUCUCCCUCGCGGCCACGGCAGCCUCUUGCCCCCAGGACUGGGACACACAGAACGGCCAAUGCUGCUACGGAACCUUUGUGUCUGGGAGCGCCCCCACAUAUUGCUGCGUUAAGAACAUCAAUGCGAACACGAAUUCCAACAUGAAAGUCAGAGAUGUUUUACCAAGGAGUCUGAGUCUGUCACUCAGCAUUGGCGACAAUUGCUUCACCACGGUUCCCGUCGCCGCAACCGAUUAUUCAGCACAGGUCUCUUCAGCAUCAUCGAAGCUUGCUGCAGGUGCUACCACAACUCCUGCUACCAACGAGGCGACUCCUACCAGCUCUGGUUCUGCAGCUGCCACCAGCAAUGCGGCCAUGCCGAUUGCCACAGCUCAAGAAAUCGUGCUAGGCGGUGCCGCAGUAAUUGCCGGUCUUUUCGUGCUCUGA